UCACUUCCUGAAAAACCCUGAAGUGUUGCUUAUCUUGAUGAAGUGCAAAAAGGCCUCUGGGGGUAGGGGAAGGGAGAGGCCUUGAAUGUGUCUGUUUUGGGAACUAAGAGCAGCAGCAUUUUCAGACUCAGCCCACACUGAACUAUCCUUCAGGUUUCUGAAAGGCCAGGGGUGUGUGGCCCACAAAGGGACUAGAAGUGAUUGCCCUGGGAUGGGCCCUUCCUAAGGAGAGGCGUCUCCAAGAGAUCACCCCAGAAAUAAGGAAAAGGAAUGAGUGAAUUGGGAGUUUCAGACUGUUGCUAUACCUGGACCUCUGGGAAGAUAUCUGGGAAGAGCUAGGACCAGUGGUCCCUACGAAUCCUGCUCACUAACUUGUCACCUGGAAGGCUUUUCUGGAACAGCAUGUUAUUCAACAACACGGCUACCCCGUUGUGGGUUAAAAUCACCUAUUUCACCAUGGAGGCUCUCAUUGGUCUCUUUGCUGUGGUGGGCAAUGUGCUGGUCAUCUGGGUGAUCAAGUUGAACCCUAGUCUUCAGACCACCACCUUCUAUUUCAUUGUCUCCCUGGCCCUGGCCGACAUUGCAGUUGGGGUACUGGUCAUACCUGUGGCCGUUACUAUCAGCCUGAACAUCUCAAUGGACUUCUACAGCUGCCUCUUAAUGUGCUGUGUGCUGCUGAUCUUCACACAUGCCUCUAUCAUGUCUUUGCUGGCCAUUGCUGUGGACAGAUUCCUGCGGGUCAAGCUCACCAUCAGAUCCAGGAUUCCUGUGGUCCCUGGAUUUAAAAAAAAAUCAUUACAGGUGAAGGCUUACUUCCUUCCAGUCAUGAGGCUCUUCAUUCUGCUCUCUCUGGUUCUCUUCUCAGAUGCCCUGGUCAUGGACAAAAAGGUCAAGGAAAGCUUUGUGCUGGAUACAGCUUCUGCCACCUGCAGCUAUGAUGCCCAUUAUAAGAAUCAUACCAAGUAUUGGUGCCGGGGUUAUUUCCGGAACUACUGCAACAUCACUGCCUUCACUCCCAACGGCACUGACCGUGUAGUCUUGAGGGACACAGGACACCGACUCCUUGUCAUUGUUUCCUGCCUGACCAAGGAAGAUUCAGGCUGGUACUGGUGUGGCAUUCAGUGGAACUUUGCCAGAGAUGACAUGGAUUUUACAGAGUUGAUUGUUACUGACCACAGAGAAGCCCUGGCCAAUGGUUUUUGGCCUGAGAAAGAUUCAUCAGUCAACAAGAACGUAAGCUACAGGGCUUCCAAAGUCUUCCAAAUGGUGGAUUGUGCCAGGAUGUCCAUUCUGAUCAUUUGCAUACUGAUGACUGGUUUGGGGAUCAUCUUUACAAACAUUCAUUUGUCCAGAAGAAGGCGAAGUCAAGGAAUAGAAGGGAGUGACUACUAACAGUGACUGACAAAAAGCAGCCAUGGUGCUUCUCCUAAUGCCUAUACUGCCUGAAGGGGAGCAAGAAGAGAAGCAAAACGGUUUCUCCUAAACACCUCAGCUGGUCUACUCAAAUUCGGAGAGCCAGGCAGUUCUUUUCCAGUUCCUCUUUUCAUUACUUGUGGCAUUAGACUCUGUAUUAUGGCAAAAUCCAAUUCUUUCAACUUCAGAAAUGCCCUUGGCUGGUACCAUCCCCAUUAUAGCCCUUCAGCCCAGUUUAUUUUUCUUGCAGCUUAUUUUAACUUAGCAGGAAGGCAGGUAUGUUCUGAACUCACCAAUUUUGGGUUUAUGUGUGGAGGAAACGUCUCCCAUGCUGUCUUCUCCUAAGAAUAAAAAAAGGUUCCUCUUAAAAAACUCAGAAAGGGAGAGGCAGUUGAGGGGUCAACUCUAAGACUGGUAGUCAUAUAAGAGCAGUAACAAUAUAUGCAAGAAUAUCAAAAGUAUAAUUUUACUUGGUAAACACUGAACUGAAGUAAAUAUGAGAGAAGAUGAAUGGAUAAUUAUAAUAUUGAGUGUCAUCCAAGUCUGAUGCAUCCACCUUACCUUUCCCUGGCAGUGUUGGGUAAACAUUGACAAGCUUGAUCUUGGAGGUCUUUUCUUUAGUCUCCAUCAGACACUCUGUUCACAUAUCAUCUUUUCAAGUAUGCCAACAUCCUGGUCUAAAUUGUGGUUCUAUUUGUUAUAUUAAAGCUCUAUAUUGGUCCUAUUUUAUUUUUUUAAUUUAAAUUAUUUUUAAUUUUAAUUUAUUUAAUAAGAUAGAAAAGUAAAAUCAUCUCCUACUACUUAUGGUUAAUAUUUUAGUAUCUUUCCUUUUAGUCAUACUGCAUGCAUUUUAUUAAAGCUCCUUGAGUUACCUUUUCUUUUCUUUUUUUUUUUUGUACUGGGGAUCGAACUCGGGUCCUUGCGCUUGGGAGGCAGGCGGAGAAACCGCUGAGCUAAAUCUCUGGCCCUUGAGUUACCUUUUCAUAUAAAGGGUUAUGUCUUCUUUUUUUACUUUGUACGUUGCCAUAUGUAUUCUCCCAUGCCUUUAAAAACUUAAUGUAAUCUUUUUAGGAAAAUAGGCCUUUCUGUAAGAAUAGUCCCUCCACAGCUGCAGGGGAUAUGUUCCAAGGUGUUCUGCAGAUGCCUGAGACGAUGGAUACCCCCUGCAGCAUACAAGUUUUUCCUACACAUACAUGUCUACAAUAAAAUUCAACUAUAAAUUAAGCACAGUAAGAGAUUAACAACAACUGACAAUGAACUAGAACAAUUAUAUCAAUUUGCUGUAAUAAAACUUAUAUUAAAUAUGGUUAUUUAUGGCUUGAAUAUUCCAUUUAAUAUUUUCAGAUCAUAGUUGACCAUAAGUAACUGAAACUGGGAAGAGAAAUCAUAGAUUAGGCAGGAUGACUGUAUAUAUGAGCACUCUAACUUGCUUAACCAGUUCCCUGCUUUUGGAUAUAAAAUUUUUCUACUUUUCAGUAGGUAACAAUGAAACAGAUUUUUUGGUGCAUAAAACUCUGCACAUAUCCUUGAUUAUUUUUUAGGUGGCCACAGUUUUACUUAAUAUUUAGGUAAACCCAUGAUAAACUUCUUUUUUUUUUUUUUUUGGUUUUUUGAGACAGGGUCUUACAGUAUAGUUCAGGCUGGCCUUGAACUCACUAUGUAGGCCAGGCUGGCCUCAAACACAUGACAAUCUUCCUACCACCAUAGCCGGCCUCCCUAGUGCUGGGAUUACAGGCAUGUGCCACCACACCUG